AUGGCUAGUGCCCUCCCGCGCCGCAUCGUCAAGGAAACCCAGCGGCUGCUGGCAGAGCCUGUGGCUGGGAUCAGUGCAACGCCUUAUGAAGACAACCUCCGCUAUUUCCAGGUGGUGAUUGCCGGUCCACAGUCGUCACCGUACGAGAAUGGCAUCUUCAAGCUGGAGCUGUUCUUGCCGGCAGAUUAUCCCAUGGCGCCGCCCAAAGUGCGAUUUCUCACGCGCAUCUACCAUCCCAACAUUGACAAGCUGGGCCGGAUCUGUCUGGACAUCCUCAAGGACAAGUGGUCCCCUGCCCUGCAGAUCCGCACUGUUCUGCUGAGCAUUCAGGCGUUGCUGUCGGCGCCUAACCCGGACGAUCCGCUGGACAAUGAUGUCGCGGAUCAGUGGAAAACAGACGAGGCGGGAGCAGUGCAAAUGGCUGCAGAGUGGACGCGUCGCUUUGCUUGA